AUGGCAUUGAUUUGCGGCUUUUUUUGCAGUGAGACCUUUCUCUUCCAAGUUCCAGCCGCUGCAGUUACGCUAGUCGUACUUCAGAACUACGCUAGAAGGAAAACUGCAGCACCACAAUCAGGAGAGGAAACACUGUCUUUUGUCAUUCUAGAGCAUCUCCGAAGUGCCCUUUCUGUUGCCCCGCGACUCAUUUUGAUGGCCCUUUCUAUGCUUCUUUAUUUGGGCGGACGAUACUACUUCGACACCCUAGAUAUACCUGAGGGCCUCAUCCGCCCAGCAGAGAAUCCGUUUUAUCAUUUCCGUGGCGAGCAUCGGGCGCGCAACUAUCUAUACGUCUUGGCUGUGCAUAUUGGAAAGUCAUGGGGCUUGGAUCCGAUUGGAUUUAGCCACGAGUAUGGUUUCGAGUGUAUCCCGGCGCUAGAGAGCUGGGCUGACCCUAGACUGGCUUUGCCUCUUUUGAUCGCAGCAUUACUCUUUUUAAGCGUGUUGUUGGCAUUGAGAUAUCCACGGCAACUUCUUGGGCCCUUGUCCAUACACUUUGCGUGGCUCAUGACGUUAUUUCCAAUUAGUGGUCUAGUCAAGGUAGGCACCUUUAUCAGUGAUCGUAUCGUUGUGGCUUCUAGUGUGAGCGUUUCCUUGUGGAUUGGGCUCGCGCUGCACUAUUGGGCGACUCGAGGGGUUCAUAUGCUACCAGCCAAGCCACUGCAGUGCUUACUCGCUGCUUGGACAUUUGCUGUGUGCUACUCACGGGUUCAUACACGCACAUUACAAUGGAUGGAUUCGAUUUCUUUGCUCGAAUCUUCGCUUGAGACAUGUCCAAGGUUUGCCAAGGCUCACAUGGAAAUGAGCAAGGUAUAUUCCGGCCUAUUUCCAAACCUGCACGACCUUCACAAGUCUCGACAUCAUUUGGAUAUCGCGUUAUCAAUCGAUCCAAACUUGUGUGACAUUCACCAGCAAUAUGCUCAUGUAGCGAUUCAGGAAGGAAAAUAUUUGGAAUAUGAAAGUGAACUUGUAGAGGCAAUUCUUUGUCCAUUUACGAUGGGCGGAGCGAUCGAAAUGUGGCAGCGGUACUGGCCUGCUGCGCUAAGCAGCGCAUCGUCAGAGAACGAACGUUCGCUUAUUCAAAGUCGGCAAGACGAAUACUCUAGAACAAUCCAGGAACGGGCCCAGCUGAAACAGGAGGAAGACGAAAGAACAGCUGCCUAG